AUGGAGUUGAAAAGAGGAAAGACCUUCAUCAAAUCCAGCCUACAGCUUUCCCAUGAGAAACCCCAGGUCCUGGCAGCCACUGCCCAGGCCAGGGAAGAUGCCAGACUCUGGUCAGUCUCACUGGAGGGGCAGCAGAGGCCCCACGGUGAGAGAGGCCCCCUGGCCAGCCCCAGCCUCCAAGAAUUUGACAGAUUCUCCAACAAGGGAGUACAGCCCGGCACCGAGGAGGGGCCCACAGGUCUCCACGGAGCCACCUUCAAACUGGUGCAGAAGAGCAAGACUCAUGACUGUGUGCCAGAGGCUGGCACAGUACCCACUGCUGCAGGGUCACUGGUGGGCAGUGUCAGUUUCCCAGGCCCCACCAGCAGGCUGGCCUCUGCGGGCAGCUGUGGUGGCCAACGUAUGAUUGACUACCGCCACUUCGUGCCCCAGAUGCCUUUUGUGCCUGCCGUGGCCAAGAGCAUCCCCAGGAAGAGGAUUUCCCUGAAACGCCCUAAGAAGUGCUUUCGCAACCUGUUCCACCUUUGCAGAAACAAGACUGAGAACUUGGCCUCCCUGGCAGCCAAGGGUAAGGCCUUGUCCUUGCCUGGGGGCAAAUCAGAGGCUGGAGGGAGGCUGGACACAGCCUCCUUUCACCUGGAAGAGGGGCUGGGGCCAGAUAGCCUGUGCCAGGACCUGUCAGACAGUGAGCUCCCAUCGGACUCCUCCUUUGACCUCUGCAGAGCCCUGUGUGAGGACGUGGCCUCGCUCAAGAGCUUUGACUCUCUCACAGGCUGUGGAGAGAUCUUUGCUGAUGAGAGCACGGUGCCAGGCUUGGAGCUGAAUGAGGGUUCAGAAAGCCCAGCCCAGGAGCCCAAGUCCCUCGAGAGCAAGGUUCCCAGAGGCCCCUCCCAGGGCAGCAUGGAGCAGUUGGCCUCACCCACCCUGAACGAGGUGUCCGACUUCGCCAAGUUCUGGGAGGGUGUGAAUCGCUCGGUAAGGCAGCAGCAGCGUGCCCUGCAGGCCCCAUGCCUGGGGGUGCCCCAGGAAACGAACACAGACCAGCCCAGGCUAGAUGCAGCCGGCCUUGCCAAGCUGCCUCUGUGCCCCUGCAGGAACCCCCACAGUGGCUCCAAAGCCAGCUCCAUAGACACAAGCACCCCCAAGAGCGAGCAGCCAGAAUCUCUGUCCACCAGUGAUGAGGGCUAUUAUGACUCCUUCUCCCCUGGCCUCGAGGAGGACAAGAAGGAGGCCCUGAGCCCAGGCACACCUGCAGCCACCUUCCCCCGGGACAGCUACAGUGGAGACGCCCUCUAUGAGCUCUUCUAUGACCCCAGUGAGGGCCCUGUUGGCCCAAGUCUAAAUGAUGACCUGUGUGUGUCUGAGAGUCUGUCAGGGCCAGCACUGGGCACUCCCCUGUCCAUAUGCAGCUUCCACGUGGGGGCUGAGGAGAACCUGGCCCUGCCACCUGGCCCUGAUCUGCUUGGCCAGGGUUUCCUGCAGAGCUCUUGGAAGGGCAAGGAGUGCCUGCUGAAGCUCUGUGACACCGAGCUCUCCAUCACCAUGGGCAUCAUCAACUGGCUCCGACGAGGCCCUGAAGCCCGGGCCCCACCUGCCCCAGCCCCUGGGGAUUCCUCAGAUCCACCAGGCCCCCAGAGAGCCCCUAGGAGAACAGCAGAGAAGCUGGAAGGCAGGGGGGACCAGCCAUCAGAUGCAGGCAGGGCUGCUGUGUGCUCAGCACCCACUGGGCAGGCACUGUGGAUGCACUCAGGAACCAAAGGCCUACCUUCAAGAGAGAGCAAGGUCCCAGGGGUACCUGAGUGGGGGACCUGUAGUCCAUCCAGAGGUCCCUCUCUGGAGCACUUGCAGAUCUCUAAGGAAGAAGGCUUAUUCUCCUCUGUGGAGUCUGCAGCCAUAGUAGCAACAGACACUUCUGGCAAGAGCAAGGCCUCAAAUCUCUCUGCCUGGUCAGACUCCCAGAAGGAGCCCAAGCCCUCUAUGAACCUGAGGUGUCUGCAAGGCCCCUGGAGGCUGAGUCUUGGGGGCAGCACCCUCAAGCAAGAACCCUCCCUGAUGGGUUGUGUAGCCCAAGUGGCAGCCCUCCAGGUCCAUCAGAGCAGCCAGCACCAGGCAGAGAGCCACCAGAGGGAAGAUACAGGCAGCGGGCUCUGUGGGCUGCCUGCAGCUAGGAGCCCUGCCACUCCGCAGCAGAGAGAGCCAGGCCACCUCUCCAGCACAGCUUCCACCCUUGGUCAACCCUCUCCAGGUAGCCCAAUCUGCAGCCCACAGGACCAGAGGGACCUCCACCACGACCUGGGCCUGUGCCAGUCCAGAGGGGAACAGAGGGGUCAGCUGGACUCCACACUGAGUUGCCGGGGUCCCUUGCCAGGAACCUGGGGCCUUGCUUCCCACAGCCAGAGGGAGGGAGCCACCUCCACAAGUCCCACAGACCACCGCAGCCGCUGCCUGGCCCAUGAGGGCGUCCAGUCUGGCCAGCCGGAGGUGAGGAUGCGCAGGCCAGCCAUGGCCGAGCCCCACCUGUAG